AUGGCUGCAGCUCUUGGCCAGGUUUUGUCCCAUAGCCAGUCCAAAAAAGCUGACUAUCACAGCAGCGGACACACUGUUAUUAAUGGCUGGAAGAUCCACAACACAGCAAAGAACAAAUGGUUUGUAUGUAUGGCAAAAACCCCUGAAGAGAAGCAAGAAUGGCUGGAAGCUAUUUUGAAAGAGAGAGAGAGAAGAAAAGGUUUAAAAUUGGGCAUGGAACAGGACACUUGGGUGAUGAUCUCUGAGCAAGGAGAAAGACUGUACAAAAUGAUGUGCAAACAAGGGAAUCUCAUCAAAGACAGGAAGAGGAAAUUAACCACUUUCCCCAAAUGCUUUCUUGGAAGUGAAUUUGUGUCCUGGUUGCUGGAAAUUGGAGAGAUACACAAAUCUGAAGAAGGUGUUCAUCUUGGCCAAGCUUUAUUAGAGAAUGGCAUUAUCCAUCAUGUUACAGAUAAGCACCAGUUCAAACCCGAACACAUGCUGUACAGAUUCCGAUACGAUGAUGGAACUUACUACCCCCGAAAUGAGAUGCAGGAUGUGAUCUCGAAGGGUGUACGACUGUACUGUCGCCUUCACAGUUUGUUUACCCCAGUAAUUAGAGAUAAAGAUUAUCACUUGAGAACCUACAAAUCUGUGGUCAUGGCUAACAAGCUCAUAGACUGGUUGAUUGCACAGGGGGAUUGCCGGACGAGGGAGGAAGCUAUGAUAUUCGGUGUAGCUCUUUGUGAUAAUGGGUUUAUGCACCAUGUGUUAGAGAAAAGCGAAUUUAAAGAUGAACCACUGCUGUUCCGUUUUUAUGCGGAUGAAGAAAUGGAAGGGUCAAAUAUGAAGCACAGACUCAUGAAACAUGAUCUGAAAGUAGUGGAAAAUGUCAUAGCCAAGUCAUUACUGAUUAAAUCUAAUGAAGGCACCUAUGGUUUUGGUUUAGAAGAUAAAAAUAAGGUGCCGAUUAUUAAAGUGGUGGAGAAAGGAUCAAAUGCUGAGAUGGCAGGCUUGGAAGUUGGGAAAAAAAUCUUUGCCAUUAACGGUGACCUGGUUUUUCUGCGCCCCUUCAGUGAAGUGGAUUGCUUCCUGAAAGCAUGUUUAAACAGCAGAAAGCCCCUGCGGGUUCUUGUGAGCACUAAACCACGGGAGACAGUGAAGAUUCCUGACUCUGCAGAUGGACUUGGAUUCCAAAUCCGGGGCUUUGGUCCUUCAGUUGUCCAUGCUGUGGGGAGAGGAACGGUGGCAGCUGCGGCGGGUCUCCACCCUGGCCAAUGCAUAAUCAAAGUGAAUGGAAUUAAUGUCAGCAAAGAGACUCACGCAAGUGUUAUUGCUCAUGUCACGGCAUGCAGGAAGUACCGGCGGCCAAUGCAGCAAGAUUCUAUACAGUGGGUUUACAACAGCAUUGAAAGUGCACAGGAAGAUCUUCAGAAAACAAACACCAAGCCCUCUGGAGAUGAUGGAGGAGAUGCCUUUGACUGCAAAGUGGAAGAGGUGAUUGACAAAUUUAACACUAUGGCAAUAAUUGAUGGGAAGAAAGAUCACGUGAGUCUGACUGUUGACAAUGUUCACCUGGAGUAUGGAGUGGUUUAUGAGUAUGACAGCACAGCUGGAAUAAAGUGCCACGUGUUAGAAAAGAUGAUCGAACCAAAGGGAUUUUUCAGCUUGACUGCAAAGAUCCUUGAAGCGCUGGCAAAAAGCGAUGAACAUUUUGUGCAGAACUGCAACAGCCUUAAUUCCUUAAAUGAAGUGAUCCCCACCGAGCUUCAAAGUAAAUUCAGUGUCAUUUGCAGUGAGAAAAUUGAGCAUAUCUACCGAAGAAUCUCUAGUUAUAAAAAGUUUUCAAGAGUAUUAAAAAACAGAGCUUGGCCUACCUUCAAACAAGCUAAAUCGAAGAUUUCACCACUUCACAGCAGUGAUUUCUGUCCAACUAAUUGCCAUAUCAAUGUGAUGGAAGUAUCUUAUCCUAAAACCUCAACUUCCCUUGGUAGUGCCUUUGGUGUACAGUUAGACAGCAGAAAACAUUCCUCCCAUGAAAAGGAAAAUAAAAACACUGACCAAGGUAAACUGAAUCCCAUGAUUUAUGUCCAACAUACCAUUACUACUAUGGCUGCCCCUUCAGGACAAUCUCUUGGCCAGCAAGAGGGCCAUGGUCUAAGGUACCUCUUAAAAGAAGAAGAUUUAGAAACACAAGAUGUCUAUCAAAAAUUGCUGUUCAAAUUGCAAGCUGCACUGAAAGAGGUGGAAACAUGUGUGUCUCAAAUAGAUGACCUUCUUUCUUCAAUAACAUAUUCUCCCAAAUCGGAACGUAAAACGCCUGAGCCUUUAAUACCAGCAGACAGUGAUAAUGAAAAGGGGGAAAGGAAUGGGAAGAAAGUCUGUUUCAGCGUGACAGGUGAUGAACAAGAAGAUUCUGGUCAUGAUACCAUCAGCAACAGGGAUUCUUACAGCGAUUGCAACAGCAAUAGGAACUCCAUUGCCUCAUUCACCAGCAUUUGUAGCAGUCAGUGCAGUUCUUAUUUUCACAGUGAUGAAAUGGAUUCAGGCGAUGAGCUUCCCUUAAGUGUUCGAAUCUCCCAUGAUAAACAGGACAAGCUCCAUAGCUGUUUGGAGCAUCUUUUUGGUCAAGUCGAUUCAAUUGUCAAUCUUCUGAAAGGACCAGCUGUGAUGAGGGCCUUUGAGCAGACAAAAUACUUUACACCCGGUCGAGGCCUCCAAGAUCUUAUUGAAAUGGAACCAAAGCUUAACUGUCCAAAGAGGCUACGACUCCACAUCAAGCAAGACCCUUGGAACCUCCCCAGCAGCGUCCGAAGUCUUGCCCAGAAUAUCAGAAAAUUUGUUGAAGAGGUGAAGGCACGAAUACUCUUGGCACUUCUUGAGUAUACAGAUAGCGAAAUACAACUGAGGCGAGACAUGGUCUUCUGUCAGAGCCUAGUGGCCACAGUCUGUGCUUUUUCAGAGCAACUAAUGGUGGCCUUAAAUCAGAUGUUUGACAACAACAAAGAAUAUGAAAUGGAGACACUGGAGGCCAGCAGAAGGUGGUUGGAACAGAUAGCCAGUGCGGGUCUUCUUCUUCAUUUCCAGUCCCUGCUCUCGCCUAAUCUGGCUGAUGAGCAAGCCAUGCUAGAAGAUACAUUGGUUGCACUGUUUGACUUGGAAAAAGUUACUUUUUACUUCAGACAAUCAGAGCCAGAACCAUUAGUUGCGAAUGUACCGAUCACAUACCAAGCAGAAGGAAGCCGGCAAACCCUGAAGGUUUACUUCUACCUUGAUAGUUACCAUUUUGAACAGCUUCCUCAAAGACUGAAGAAUGGAGGGGGAUUUAAAAUCCACCCAGUACUUUUUUCACAAGCAUUGGAGAGCAUGGAAGGAUAUUAUUACAGAGACAGUGUCUCAGUGGAAGAAUUUCAAGCCCAGAUUAAUGCAGCCUCACUAGAAAAAGUCAAGCAGUAUAACCAGAAACUACGGGCAUUCUACCUGGACAAGUCAAACUUGCCUCCAAAUUCAACAUCUAAAGCGGCUUAUAUAGAUAAGCUGAUGAGGCCUCUCAAUUGCUUGGAUGAACUUUACCGACUGAUAGGGUCCUUUAUCCGAUCCAAGCGCACCGCUGCCUGUGCGUACACUGCGUGCAGUGCUUCCGGAGUUGGAUUGCUUUCAGUGUCUUCUGAACUCUGUAGCAGGCUUGGAGCUUGUCACAUCAUUAUGUGCAACAGUGGAGUUCACCGAUGCACUCUGAGUGUCACCCUGGAGCAGGCGAUCAUUCUGGCUCGGAGCCAUGGGCUACCUCCUCGCUAUAUCAUGCAAGCUACAGAUGUCAUGCGCAAGCAGGGUGCAAGAGUACAAAACACAGCCAAGAAUUUAGGAGUGAGAGAUCGAACACCACAGUCUGUCCCAAGAUUAUACAAACUAUGCCAGCCGCCACCACCUGUUGGAGAAGAAUGA